AUGUCUACCUUGGGAUCAGACACAGAGGUAAAAAAUGAAACACAGCUAUCAGAAUUCAUCAUCCUUGGCUUCAAUAUGCUGCAGGAGAUACAUUUCUUUCUCUUCGGCUCUUUCUUGAUAAUUUAUCUCUUCACAGUGCUGUGGAACACCUUCAUUAUCAUCUUAGUCAUAAUGGAUCAGAAGCUAAGAACGCCCAUGUAUUUCUUUCUUGGGAACCUUUCCUUUCUUGAUAUUUGUUACAGUACUACUACCAUUCCUGAGAUGCUAGAUGUCCUUCUCACAGAAAGAAGUUACAUCUCUUAUGCAGCCUGUGUCCUUCAACUGUACUUUUUUUUCUCCUUUGUGGGCACUGAAUGUCUUCUUCUGGCAAUCAUGGCUUUUGACCGCUAUAUUGCCAUUUGCAACCCUUUGCGUUAUUUACUGGUUAUGCGAAGGAACAUUUGUGUGCAACUGGCUGCAGCAUGCUGGGCUGGUGGUUUCCUCAAUUCUGCAAUACACACAUAUUUUGCCUUCCAGUUACCAUUCUGUGGAGAUAAUCACUUAGAUGCUUUCUACUGUGACAUUCCACCACUGCUAAAACUGUCCUGUGGAGACAUUUCCCUCAACCAAAGACUCCUACUAACCAUUGGCUUAUUCAUAGCUUGGACACCCUUUUUCUGCAUCCUUUUAUCAUAUGCUUCUAUUAUUUUAACGGUCUUGAAGAUAGGUUCCAAUGAAAGUAAGCAAAAAGCUUUCUCCACAUGCUUUUCACAUCUCACUGUAGUUAUUCUCUAUUAUGGCAGUUGUGUUUUCACUUACUUGAGACCUAUUUCCUCCCAAACAUCUCUGAAUACAAAGCUAAUCCCCCUGAUGUACAGUAUCUUGACUCCACUACUGAAUCCUGUUAUAUAUACUUUGCGCAACAAGGAUGUGAAGGAGGCUUGGCAAACCAUACUGGAAAAAAUUAGAACACUGUAG